ACAACAUGAAUUCACACAACAGCCUCAGCGCCGCCGCGGACGAGCGAAAAGCGCGUCUCGCAAAGCUCAAAAACCUCAAAAGAAAACAGCCCACCGACGAGGUCGCCACUCCAGAAGGCGAACGGGAUGCAUCGCAGCCAGAAGAGCCCGACGUUGCGACGAUACAUCUCUCUGGCCGAAACUACGAUCCGGAGACAAGGGGUCCCAAGCUCGGAUUCGACGCCCCGCCAACUCUCGCCCUAGAGAAAUCUACAUUGGAGGAGCAGGCCGCAGAGGUGGAAGCCGAAAUCAGGGAACAGGCUGCUAAAGAGGCAGAAGACGACAAGGGCCUGGAUCUAUUCAAGUUGCAGCCCAAGAAGCCGAAUUGGGACCUGAAACGCAAUCUGGACCAAAAGAUGGAACUGCUGAACACGCGGACGGAUACCGCAAUCGCAAAAUUGGUCAGAGACAGAGUAGUGGGUGCUCAGAAAGCAGCCCAGAAGACUGCGGGCGUCGACAGCGGAAAUCUAGAUGGAGACGCUGCUGGGGUCGACGGCAUCGCUCUCGUCGAGGGACUCAGGGUUCGCGAGCAAGAAGAGCAGGAGGAAGAACAGAGAGAACGCGAGGAAGAAGAGUCGAUGGGUUUAUAAAGGAUACCAAAAUGGAAAGAAAGAAUUGGAGGUACUGUAUGUAAUUACUUAUGUUUAUUCCUGCUAUGGCAUGGGCUGGAGUUUUUUUUUGUUUUGAGGCAUUACGGCUGUUAUAUACUCCUGGACAACAAAUCAAGAUACCCUACUAUCUUCCUCCCAUGUUCAUAGACUGGGUUAACGCUAACCGCUUGCUGAAGGGGCUCAGACUUCGCUCUCGAGGCGCGUCUCUAGGAGGCAUUCUCCCUUGUCCCGGAUGACCACCGCCACGACGUCCGCCACGCGGUCGGUUGUCAUCAUCUCGCCUUCUAUAUGGCCGGUUAUCUCGCUGCGGUGACCUGGAUCGCGAGUUUGAAUCA